UUACGCCAUGGCUUUAUUGGAAUGGUUGGCAAGUAAGCCUGAAAUAAACUUGUUUUCCAGUUUUAUUUAUACAGCUUUAAAACAUUAUUUUAUCGAAGCUCAUUACCAAAUUUUUUUCUUUGCUGGUAGCACUCCUUUGAUAAGAUUUAACAAGCUCAGUGAGAAAACAGGUGAGCAUUAAAAUAAAUUAUAUAAUUUGUCUGCUUAAUUUUCUUUUCAGAAAAAUGGAUGCUCAUCUCAAGGAUUGUUGUUUUAAUCUCUGGGAUGGGAGGGGAGGGGGAGCAGAGAUGUUGCAUGGUGUCCAAUAUUUGAGAAAAAAAAUCGUGUAGAAAAAGUGCAGUGGGAAAGUUUGGGAUGUUUGUUGGAUUUUUCCUAAGAAAAAGUAGAAUACUGGGUACAGGAAGGUUAGCUUCUCUAUCGUUUGUCGUUACUCUUAUUUCUAAUGCUUUUUAACCUUCCUCACCUUAACUUAAGUAUGCAUAUUCCCCACACUGUCCUCUGUACUUUUCCUGAGGUUCUGACAAGGAGAAUUUGUGUAACAAUCAAGAGCUUUUUCAGUUGGUGGUUGUUUUCUUUAUUCUUGCAACAUCCAUGUUUGUUUCAGUGCUGAUUUUGUAAGGAGAAAUUAGAUGCUAGUCAGUCUUAAUGUCAAAGGGUUUUUCUGAUUUGUUGUUCAGGAUGUGAUAUCACUGCUAAAGCUGAACAACUUAACCCUGGUGGCUCUGUGAAAGAUCGCGCUGCACUGUACCUUAUUAAAGAAGCAGAGGAAAAGGGUUUGUAUUACCUUUUGUUGACAUUUUUCAUCAUAAUGGGGGCUAAUUCUUACAGGCCUAGUGAUUCAUCACUGCAACUGGAGUUCCUUCAGUUUCCUCUAACAUGAAGAGGCCUAGACUCUUCUGGGAUGGAAUGCUGGCCUAUGACAGUCCCCCCCUCCACUGGCAUUUUUUUAGGUUGCUGUGAUAGUUUGUCGAUGGUUAUUCCACAUUUACCCUUGGGUUGAAAGAAGUAUUUUGAGAGAAAAGUGCCCCCCUCCUCCCCCAAAAAAAAAAAGAAAAAAAACCUGUCUUAAUGGCCCUAGCUCAAAUCCACAAAUCAUGUCAGUAUAAGGAUCUGUGGAUUUGUUUGAGGCUUAUUAACCCUUUACACUUCAUCAUUGGUGUUCAUAUUCUCCAUUCUGUUCUCUUACCCUUUCACUCCCACAAGUGACCUAGACAGAAUUUCUCCUUACAAUAUCAAAACAAUAUCAAGCAGGCAGGUGAUGAGAAUAGAGAAGAAUAUCAAUUAUGGGAUUAUUAGUUGAUCCAAUACCAAAUUCUCUGAACUAACAUCAUAAGAAUUGUAUGGCAGAUAGUAAGGAGAAUUACUAAUAAGAUCUUGGGAGUGAAAGGGUUAACAUUUCCUAUGGUACUGACAAGGAGAAUUUGUUUUACAAUUAUAAUUUCAGCUUCUUAAAUGAGUGAUCAUUUGUUUUAUUUUCACGACCUAUAAUUUUUAUUCAAGGGUGAUACUGUAAGGAGAAAUUAGAAGCUAGUCACUCUUUGGUGUUAAACAGUUAAUUGAGUUAAAGGUUGUGAUUUUUCUUUUCAACAAUGAUAAGUUAAGGAAUACUUUUUUCUGAUUGUACAGCUAGUUGCUUGGGAAGUUUGGGAACCAGGUAGGCUACCAGAAUCUGAAAAUUUUCAUUAUUUUCUAUUUGUCUUUAGGUUUGAUAAGACCUGGUGGAACUGUAGUUGAAGGAACAGCUGGAAAUACAGGUUUGUAUGAAAUUAUCAAUUGUUUUGAUUUGCUGUGUUAUGAUUAUCUUGUCAAAGAGUGCAAUAAGUUAUUGUGUCAGAGUAAUCAUUGGGUUUAUUUUAGGUAUAGGACUUGCACACAUCUGUCUUGCUAAGGGUUACAAGUGUGUUAUUUAUAUGCCAAAUACACAGUCACAGGUGGGUGUCAAUAGAGCUUUGUUUUAGUUAUCAAUACCAAGGCAUAUUAAUCCUUUAAUUCCAUGAUAUUUUUCUUCACUUGUCUGUUGGAUAUUUUAUGAAUAUUGAAAGAAGAAAUUCUUGCAUGGCUACACUUGGGAGUUAAGGUUUAAGAGAUUGUCUUGAUGAUUAACCUUCAUUGUUGGAAUUCAAGUAUCCGUUUUACUAGGAAACAACUCAUGGUAUUAUGAAGAGCUAAUUUUAGCUGAGAAUUGCUGUUAUUAUUUUAACAUUCACCUUUUUUCAUCUGCCAUUGGGAAUUUGUACAUUAAAACGAAAAUAUUUACAUUUUUUUUUAAGGAAAAGAUAGAUGUUUUGAAGACAUUAGGUGCUGAUGUACAUCCCGUGCCUGCUGUUCCAUUUGAUGACCCCAUGAACUACAACCAUCAGGUGAUAAUUUCUCCCUAUCAAACAAUUAUUCCACAAGCGCACAUUGGAUAUGUGAUGAUAAAUAACCAACAAGGGCCGUAAGGUUGAGUUGGCUCUAAUCAUCCCAUAUCCAACAGGCAUGAAUGGAUAAAUGUUUUAUCAAAAAAUGCUCCAAAAUAUUAUUAGAUAAAUAUUUCCAACUUUAUUUUGUAAGAAUGUAUUAUUAAAGCAUGAUAUAACAGCUCAUAAUCCAUGAUGGCUGAGCCAAUGAAAACUUUAGAAUUGCAUUAUCCAGUUUUAAAUAAUUAGCUUUUACAUACUAUAUAGCUGUUGUCUAUUUGAGAAUAAAUGGCAGUGGGAUGGGAAAAUAUUUGGGUCUUGCUCAUAGCUUAGGGUCUGUGCACAGCAAAGUCUGCCAGUCAUAACUGAGAGCAAAGUAUUUUUACCAUCUAACUCAACCUUAAACUUGGUCCAUAUAACAUUUUAUCAUAUAAUCCUCCCUCUUUUUUUUCCUUUCUUUUAGCUGCAUCCUCUCCAGGCAAUAUAGCUUUAUCCCUCCCCACUCAUGCUAUUGCAUAGAGUCCUUGUAUAAGGGGAAUUUUUGCCUAAUGUUUUUCAAUAAGAGCAUGCACUGGGCUUUAUGGGUCCCACAAAAGAGGCUUGUUUGCAACCCAAGUAGCAGGGUGAUGAAAACUUACUGAAUAAAUGCACAUGACGAGUCUUAGAAUGCAUGUCAGAAAUUUUUAACAUGAAUUUGCCAAGAGAACCACUUGGAACAUGGCUUUAGCUCUGUUUUAUCUGCUAGACAUGUAACCUAAGUGAGAUGAGAAACACCUUUGACAUUUAAAGGAAUGCAAUUGUUAAUACUGGGGUGAAGAACUAGAGGUUAUAGACUUUUCCUUACUUUUGUUUUCUGAUUUUCAGGCUAGACGAUUUGCUGAAAGCAUUGACAAUGCUGUAUGGACAAACCAGGUAAUUCUAAAUGAGGCCACAGUCAAUCAAAGUUGGGAUGUUGAUGAACACAAGGACAUCUCUUUAUUCUGUCCAAUUUUGGACACUAGUGUCCCAUUGUAGACAAAACCAGACUCUAGAGUAUAAAAUCAGACACUAGCAUCUCAAAUUGGACAACAGUGUCUAAUAUCUGGGGCUAAUGACCAAAAUUGGACACUUGCCACAAAUUGGUUUUAGACAUUAGUGACAAGUUUUGGACGAUAUUUCAGACUCUGUUGUCCAAUUUUAGACACUAGUGUGCAAUUUUAGACUCAGCUGUCUGAUUUUGAACACUUAUACUGAUUUUAGACACCAGUGUCUGAUUUUGGUUUCUAUAAGUGUCAGAUUUUAGACAUUAGUGUCUAAAAUUGGUCACUAGUGUCUAAAAUCUAACACUUGUUAUGUCCAAAAUCAGCACUAGUGUCUAAAAUCUGACAAAAGUAUCCAAAACUGCACUUUAGUGUGUAAAACCACACACUUGUGUCAGAAUUUGGUUACUUGCAUAUUAGAUUAGGCACUAGUGUUGAAAGUUGGACGCAAAUGUCUAAAAUGGGACUGUGGUGUCUAGAAUCAAACACUAGUUUCUUUUGGUCACUUUUGUCUUAUUGGACAAUAUUAUAAUAUCUCUUGCCUAAAUUUAUCUAUCUUGUUUUUCCCUUAGAGAAAAGCUCAGUUUUUUGAGCCUUGGUGGUUUUUUUUAAUUUGGUUUUAUUUUUCAUUUAGACAUCAUAAUUACCAUAAUUAAUAGAUUAUUUUAUAUGAUCUAAACAUCUGGUGCAAAUUAAAGUAAAGAAAUAAUAUUUGUCAAUAUUUAUUUAGUUUGACAACAUAUCAAAUAGAAGAGCUCAUUUUGAGACGACGGGGCCAGAAAUUUGGAAUCAAACUGAUGGAAAGAUAGAUGCUGUUACGUUUUCCACCGGAACUGGUGGCACUUUAGCAGGUGAUGAUACAUCAUUUCUUCUUAUAUAAAGCAGUAGUGGUUUGAACCCAGAUGUAACUGUUGACUGUGCAGUCUAAGUUCAGGUGGAAGUAGCUUUGUAAAGAUCUGUUGUUUUUUGGGGUGACUGACAUUUUGACAAUCAGAGCCCAUAAUAACUUACUGCCAGGUUGUUGAAACAUCAGUCAUUUCUACCAACAACAAUCAUUUUCAGUACUAUUCUUACCCAGACUGCAAUGGGAGAUGUGGUGGGUGAAUGGUUGGUGCACUGGGGUCUGGGUUGAGAGGUCUGGGUUCUAGACCUGGUUGGGUCAUUGUGUUGUGUUCUUGGGCAAAACACUUCACCUUCGCAUUUCCUAUUCUAACCCAGGAGUAUAUAUGUAUAUCUGUGGAUUGUCAGGGAGGCUUGAUGAAUUGCUGGGGUAACCUUGUGUUGGUGUGGCAACCCAUCCAGUGGGGAUUAAUCACACUUCACCUCCACAUUUCCUCUUCCCACCCAGGAGUAUAUAUGUGUAUCUGCGGAUUGUCAGGGAGCUUGAUGAACUGCUGGGGUAACCUUGUGUUCGUGUGGCUUCCCAUCCAGUGGGAAUUAGUCAUAUACCCAGUCACUUUGUAGAAAGGAAAGCAGGAUAGGCUCUGGCUGGGUGGGUUCAUAUCUUACCUUACCCAGACAUCAGCUAAGACUUCAAGAUCCACUCCUCUUUCUAAAAUUUGGUUUUUGAAGUUGCUGAAGUUAUUGUUGGUUGUGAGAACCACAUCCGAAGGUAUCACAUUGAAUAAUGUUUCUUUUUUUUCUUUAAUACUAGGUGUAGGAACAUAUCUUAAAUCAAAGAACCCAAAUGUCAAAGUUGUUUUAGCUGAUCCUGAGGUAACCUCUCACAAAGUAAUAUUCCAUCUUGUUCCAUUAUUAGCAUGAAAACCAGUGGAGGAGAAAUUUAAAAGUAUGGUGCUAUCUGUGCUCCUCUAUAAUUUCCAAUCCCUUUCAUGAGUCACUUUUGACAAAAACGUAACCUCAUGUUCUGAAACAAGUAUGUUAACUAAGAAAAGAGAGGCGGAAGAGGCAUUCUGGUUAAUACCUUAGUGACAUUAGGCUAACUUUCCUCUUGUAUAAUCUAUAAUGUAUUUAAAUAGAGUAGCUAUUUGACACCUCGAACCUUACAAAAAAAUGACCUCACCCCACUCCCCCCUGGCGAGAAAAAAAAUCUUCAUAUAGUUAACAGUCCGGGAUAGUUAUCAUAUUAGAUAACCACGUGACGUCACAACCUGGUGACCAUUUCGGAUAUCGAGGAUUUUCGUACCCAGUUUGAAAUGUUCGCUAUUAAUUCGUUAUUACCCGCCGUAUGUACUAAUAAUUCUGUUGGAAAUAAGUGAAUAGAAACUAAUCUUUGCGUGUACUUCGUGGUUUACCGUGAGUUUUUUUUCAUGCCUAUGACAUUUUUCCUUCUUUAUGUAAACAGGGUAGUGUACUGUACAAUUACAUCAAAACUGGCGAGUUAAAAAGAAGUGAUGGAAGUUCUAUCACCGAAGGUAACAAAAUUCAUUCUCUUCUUGUGGGUUAAAUGAACAUUAAUCCAGUCUUUAGGGAGCUGUUACGAUUUGUGUGACGUGGAAAAAUUUUCCGAAAAACCCUGUCACUGUGAUAGACUUCUCAUCCCUUAACACGUCGCAUGAAUCGAAACAACAAUACGCCUUCCUUUAGAACGGGAGAACUAAUGCAGUGGGACGAAAUUUUUAUAAAACUUGUUACUCAAUCUGGAUGAGACGCUUUUUCACCGGAACCUAAGCCCUGACCACACUUAUCUGUUUUUAAGAGUCGGCUUUGAUCUCAACCGAAAUGAUUCAAAAUGUUUUUGCCCACACACUCCACGUUUUCAAGCCCCUUAGCUGUAGGAAUAUGGUAACUUAUCAUUUAGAGGAAAUGUAAUCUCGUAGAGAAUGAUUUUGUAUCUGUUUGUAUUUUGUUUUUAUCUGUUUGUUGUUAUAUGUUUAAAUUUUUCCCCAGGAAUUGGACAGGGGCGUGUAACAAGCAAUUUAAAUGGGGCUCCAAUCGAUGAUGCUGUGUUUGUGUCUGAUAAAGAAGCGGUAGAGAUGGUUAGACAACUUGAUUGGUUUAUAUCUUGAUUGGUUUCUAUCUUGAUUUACGCAGAUUACACCUUUGUUCAUUAAUUUUUACCAAGUAGCUGAGAUACUUGACGCGUUCUGAUGUGUCCAAAGUCUCCCAUUUAUCCUACCGAUAGACUCAUUGCCAUCUUAAUUAACGAUUAGAUUAUGAGCUCGAGAGUUCUAUCACGAGAUAGUUGAUGAGGGAAAAGCCCUCAUAUUCCAACACGCAUACUAAUCGAGAGCAAAUAAUCUGAUUGUUGAAGUAUAAAUCUAUACGUCGCUUAAAACUUAUCAGCAAGAAAUGCUCAUAUUCUUAUCUUAUUUUGUUUACAACCACGCAAUGUUUUGCUCCCCACUUAACUCGUAUCUAUCAUGGAAUCGAUAGUGAAGUAGCAUUUUCCGUAUAAUGUUGGUAGUAGUUUAUAUAGUUUAUAGUUUUAGAUUUAUAGUUUGGGUUAUCGGCGUAAUAACCCACUUGGAAUGUUGGUAAAACACCUGGUAAUUUAUUUCGUAUAUCAUUGAGUCCGUGUCAAUCUUGUUAAUAAAACUAAAAAAGUCUUUCAUCUGGUCAUGAAGCACUUUUCAACCUUUUUCUUCAGACCUUUUAUUUACUUCACGAAGAAGGCUUCUUUGUAGGCGCCUCAUCUGGUUUAAACGUCGCUGCAGCCGUGAAGGUAAAUUGAAUUUUCAUCCUUUCAACCUUAUCAUAGAAUGCAAAACGUCUUCGUUGGAAGAAAUAGCUCUGUUGACUGUUUCCGCAAGCUUAAAUCAGUGAAUUUGCCUAGGGUGUAUUAAUUAUAAUAAUAGUUAUAGUAAUAAUAAUAAUAAUGAUGAUAAAGCAUUUAUUUAUACACGAUAAAAAUACAGCGUAACUGCUGUGGUCGUGUCACGUGUACCUCAGAUAUGGUCGUGUAAAGUCCGAACGGUGUCGAGAGUAGCCCGACGGAACGAGCGGCGAAACCGCCAGAGAGAGUUGUUAGGGGCACAAUACAAUUAGCAACAAUCAGGAGGGCUCCUGCACCAAUCCAGUUUUAACUUUCAUGGCAACGUAUAGGUUUUUUCUGCCUCUUACUUAGGAUUAGCAUUUGUUGGGUAUCAAAAAACCCGGCCCGAGGAAAUGGACAAAAAUAGAGACUUCUCUGAGAAUAUCAUCAAUAUUGUGACAUAAAAUCGGCCACCUUCGAUAGUUAGAGUAUUUGUUUGUUUUUAUUCGGAAAGCAUUCCACUUGAACUCAAAUGAGUUCAUCAAUGUCUUUUUCUUUCACAGGUCGCCGAGAUGCUUGGUCCAGGCCACGUGAUUACCACAUGUCUGUGUGACACAGGGCAGGUACGUUCCAAGUCACGUGAUUUUGUUUGACUCCAGUCACUGCCUUUUCUUACUAACAAUAUUUUCUUUCUUUUUUUUUUGUCCCGUACACAAUGUAGAAAUACUUCGCGCGUCUCUUUAGUAAAGACUGGAUGGAGUCGAAAGGUAACUACAUUUUUGAACUUUUCGCUUAAAACCGUCGCGUUAAAAGUGGAUAAUUGGAUGAAAGAAUUUAAGCCCCAUAUCGGAAUUAAGAACUUCUCGCGCUUUUCUGAAAAGCAACAAACGUUGAUAAAGGAUUGAAAUAGUCUCUUUCUUAUUUUUCCGCCCCCAAAUGCUGGUUUACAAUUAAUACACAAAUUUUUUCCACCUGCAGGUCUUUUAGAUGUAAUUCCUGAAAAGUACCGUCAUUCCUUGCAUUGAUGACAUCAGUAGAAGUAUAAUCUAGCUCAUGAAUGAUUUUGACAAUUUUCCCAGUGAUCUACGCACAUGUUGGAGAGCAGAUGAAGUUUUUCCUUCAUGUAACCCAACUGGUUUGUACCAGACAUAGGAACCAUUAUAUACCCCAUUCACACCAGCAAGACACGUUUAGUUAAACCAAGUUGAACAGAAUGAAAAUCAGACACAGGUUACUGAAAAACUGAAUUUUCCCAUGGGUUCAAGUCAUCACUGACUUGUAUUUUCUAUGUGCUAUAAAAUCGGAAGUCGACAAACAUUUGUCUAAACAGAGCUUAAAGCCAAGUUUGAGAAAACAGUUUUAAAACAUGUUUAAGCUUUGGUGUGAAUUGGGUAUAAACCAGAAUGCGUUGAAGCCGAUUGACAAAUAAUUGGAUCAACAACAACAACAACAACAAAAAAUAGGAAGCAAACAAACAAACAAAAGAGGAAAGGAAAUCAGAAACAAAUGAGGACAUUUGAUGUCAUGGUUUUGAAAAAGACCGAUGAUAAAGGAUCAUGAUCGCCUCUAUUGUUUCGUAGGAAUAUGGGAAUAAUUUAUUUUCAAUGGCGCACUCACUAAAUCCUCCCUCUCUCUCACAUUCUCUUUCUUUACUAAUGCACAAUGUAAAAAUGAUUCAGGACGCUGUCAACUUUAAAACGCAUAUCAGACUAGUAUAAUUUUAAAUUCAGUUUUCGUCUCGGCAAGAAUUAAUUCAAAAGCGGAAGGGAAAGUGUUUUAUUGUACAUUGACCUAGCAAACAGCUUUCACUCAGGAGUCUUUAACGUUAUAAAAAUUCGAUUUAUAAGGUGACAGUGCCAUACAAGAGGAAUUACUAAUGCUACAUAAGUCCUGGUAUUGAUUUUUAAAGCAUAAAUACCUAAAGGAGACCUCAAUUGAAAUAACUAACUAGGUAGAGAAAUUGUGC